AUGGAGAAAUACGCAUUACUUGAAGAAGUGGGAAGCGGAUCAUUCGGGGUUGUCUGGAAAGCUUACAACACGCAAACUGGUGAAAUCGUGGCGAUCAAGAAUCUGUUUACAUUGAACAAGUCAUGGGAAGUGGAAGUCGAGGCACUCUACAAGUUCAACAAUCAUCCAAAUAUCGUGAGCCUCAAGGAACUAUCCAUCCAAGAAAACAAUGACACCGCAUCGAUGGUUUUUGAAUACAUGGAAUGCAAUCUUUUCGAAUGUAUGAUGAACCGAAAGAUACCCUUCUCGGAAACAGAGAUCAAACAAACAUGCGAAGAAGCGUUUCUUGGUCUAGCCCACAUGCAUCACCAUGGGUACUUCCAUCGUGACCUAAAACCCGAAAACCUUCUUGUCUCUGGAAGAGGUACGGUCAAAAUUGGUGACCUUGGUUCAGCCCGUGAUACCAAAAGUACUCUGCCUCUGGAGCAUGAAAUCACAUCACAUUGGUAUCGAGCACCUGAGGUUUUUCUACGUUCCCAGACGUACGAUUCAGCAGUUGAUAUGUGGGCAAUGGGGACAAUAAUGGCUGAAUUAUUCAGCUUCAGACCAUUGUUUGAAGGUCUUACUAACUCGGACGUGAUGGAUAAGCAUUGCAGUGUUUUAGGCAGCCCAACUGAAGAUACAUGGUCUGAAGGACUUGAUCUUGCAAGGAAUUUAUAUCAUAAGUUUCCAGAAGAUGUUGCUGGUGUGCCGUUUUCAGAACUGUUACCAAAUGCAAGCCUGGCUGCGGUUAAUCUGAUUGCUUCGCUCCUUUCUUGGGACCCCAAGGACAGGCCUACAGCCAUGGAGGCGCUUCAACAUCCCUUCUUCCGCGACUGGUAUAAUCAUCCUAUUCCAUCGACUACCUACUUUAAUUCCUUCCCAAGUGUGUUUAUUAAGGCGAUGAAGCGAGAGGGUAUGAAAGGGAUCAGUACAAGAAUUCCUAUUAAGAGUAGUCAACGUGAAUGUGGUCAGAUAUAUAUCGGCUCGGUUAAGUUGCCAAUUAUUCCAAAUCUGGCAUUCUAG